CGGGUGCCCGGGCGGCUGGGACCCCGCCGAGGACCGGCGGCGCGCGGCGUCUGAGGCCCGGCGGCAGGAGACGUGCACCGUGAGUUGGGGAGGCAUGCUGAAGCCAGGCAGUGGGCAGGAUGAGUGCGCAAGAGGCGGGCAGCUCCAGCCGCAGGCAGCAAGCUGCCUACCACCUGCAUAUCUACCCCCAGCUGUCCACCACCGAGAGCCAGGCCUCGUGCCGUGUGACGGCCACCAAGGACAGCACAACAUCAGACGUGAUCCGGGAUGCCAUCACCAGCCUGCAGCUAGAUGGCACCAAGUGCUACGUGCUAGUGGAGGUGAAGGAAUCGGGAGGGGAGGAGUGGGUGCUGGACGCCAACGACUCUCCAGUGCACCGUGUGCUCCUGUGGCCGCGGCGUGCGCAGGACGAGCACCCACAGGAGGACGGCUACUACUUUCUGCUGCAGGAGCGCAAUGCCGAUGGCACCAUCAAGUACGUGCACAUGCAGUUGGUGGCACAGGCCUCUGCUACCCGGCGCCUGGUGGAGCGUGGGCUUUUGCCACGACCACAGGCUGACUUUGAUGACCUGUGUAACCUGCCCGAGCUGACGGAGGUCAACCUGCUGAAGAACCUGAAGCAGCGCUUCCUGCAGCAGAAGAUCUACACGUAUGCAGGUAGCAUCCUUGUGGCCAUCAACCCCUUUAAGUUCCUGCCCAUCUACAACCCCAAGUACGUGAAGAUGUACGAGAACCAGCAGCUGGGCAAGCUGGAGCCGCAUGUGUUUGCUCUGGCCGAUGUGGCCUACUACGCCAUGCUGCGCAAGCAUGUGAACCAGUGCAUCGUGAUCUCUGGCGAGAGUGGCUCUGGCAAGACACAGAGCACCAACUUCCUCAUCCAUUGCCUCACCGCACUCAGCCAGAAGGGCUACGCCAGCGGCGUGGAGAGGACCAUUCUGGGUGCUGGGCCUGUGCUGGAGGCAUUUGGGAAUGCAAAAACAGCCCACAACAACAAUUCUAGCCGGUUUGGGAAGUUCAUUCAAGUCAACUACCUGGAAAGUGGCAUCGUGAGAGGAGCUGUGGUGGAAAAAUACUUGCUUGAAAAGUCUCGCCUGGUGUCUCGUGAGAAGGAUGAGAGGAACUACCACGUGUUUUAUUAUUUGUUGUUCGGUGUCAGCGAGGAAGAGCGCCAAGAAUUUCAACUCAAGCAGCCUGAAGACUAUUUCUACCUCAACCAGCAUAACUUGAAGAUUGAAGAUGGAGAAGACCUGAAACAUGAUUUUGACAGGCUCCAGCAAGCCAUGGAGAUGGUGGGCUUCCUGCCCGCCACCAAAAAGCAGAUUUUCUCCAUCCUCUCAGCCAUCCUGUACCUGGGGAAUGUCACUUACAAGAAGAGAGCCACUGGCCGUGAUGAAGGCUUAGAGGUCGGGCCUCCUGAGGUGUUGGACACACUGUCCCAGCUUCUGAAGGUGAAACGAGAGAUUCUGGUGGAGGUUCUGACAAAAAGAAAAACAGUGACCGUCAAUGACAAGCUCAUUCUCCCCUACAGCCUCAGUGAGGCCAUAACUGCCAGGGACUCUAUGGCCAAGUCUUUGUACAGUGCCCUGUUUGACUGGAUCGUGUUGCGGAUCAACCAUGCCCUCCUCAACAAGAAAGACAUGGAAGAGGCCGUCUCAUGCUUGUCCAUUGGGGUCCUCGACAUCUUUGGCUUUGAAGACUUUGAGAGGAAUAGCUUCGAGCAGUUCUGUAUCAACUAUGCCAACGAACAGUUGCAGUAUUACUUCAACCAGCACAUUUUCAAACUGGAGCAGGAGGAGUAUCAGGGUGAAGGAAUCACGUGGCACAACAUUGACUAUACUGACAAUGUGGGUUGCAUCCACCUCAUCAGCAAGAAGCCCACUGGUCUCUUCUACCUGCUGGACGAGGAAAGCAACUUCCCCCAUGCCACAAGCCACACCCUACUGGCCAAGUUCAAACAGCAGCAUGAGGAUAACAAGUACUUCCUGGGAACCCCAGUAAUGGAGCCAGCCUUCAUCAUCCAGCACUUUGCAGGGAAAGUGAAGUAUCAGAUCAAGGACUUUCGGGAGAAGAACAUGGACUACAUGCGACCUGAUAUUGUGGCACUUCUGCGGGGCAGUGACAGCUCAUAUGUACGUGAGCUCAUUGGCAUGGACCCUGUGGCUGUGUUCCGCUGGGCUGUGCUCCGGGCCGCCAUCCGGGCCAUGGCUGUGCUACGGGAAGCCGGGCGCCUACGUGCAGAGAGAGCUGAGAAGGCUGCAGUAGGUGUGGGUAGCCCUGGUACCCAAGGUCAUGUGGGAGAGCUGCCAAGAGGAGCCAACACCCCAUCAGAAAAGCUUUACCGGGCGAGGGAGCGGAGCGAUUUGCAUAACCAAAUCAUCAGAAGUCUCAAAGGACUGCCGUGGCAGGGCGAGGACCCCCGUAGGCUUCUUCAGUCUCUCGGUCGGCUCCAGAAGCCCCGCGCCUUCUUCCCGAAGAGUAAAGGUAUCAAACAAAAGCAGAUCAUUCCAAAGAACCUGCUGGACUCCAAGUCCCUGAAGCUUAUCAUCAGCAUGACCCUGCAUGACCGCACCACCAAGUCGCUCCUGCACUUGCACAAGAAGAAGAAGCCGCCCAGCAUCAGUGCACAGUUCCAGACAUCCCUUAACAAGCUCUUGGAGGCACUAGGGAAGGCCGAGCCCUUCUUCAUCCGCUGCAUCCGCUCCAAUGCAGAGAAGAAAGAGCUCUGCUUUGAUGACGAGCUGGUCCUGCAGCAGCUGCGGUACACGGGCAUGCUGGAGACUGUGCGCAUCCGGAGGUCGGGCUACAGUGCCAAGUACACAUUCCAGGACUUCACAGAGCAGUUCCAGGUGCUGCUACCCAAGGAUGUCCAGCCCUGCAGGGAAGCAAUCUCCACCCUGCUGGAGAAGAUGCAGGUAGAUAAGAGGAGCUACCAGAUCGGGAAGACCAAGGUCUUCUUGAAGGAGACAGAGCGGCAGGUGCUGCAGGAGACACUGCACCGUGAGGUUGUACGCAAAAUCCUGUUGCUACAGAGCUGGUUCCGGAUGGUAUUAGAGCGCCGGCACUUUCUGCAGAUGAAGCGUGCGGCUAUUACCCUCCAAGCCUGCUGGCGGUCCUACCAUGUACGCAGGACACUGGAAAGGACGCAGGCAGCCAUCUACCUUCAGGCUGCCUGGAGGGGCUACCAGCAACACAAGGCCUACCACCGACAGAGACAGAGCAUCAUCCGCCUACAGAGCCUCUGCCGGGGCCACCUGCAGCGCAGGAGCUUUUGCCAGAUGGUUUUAGAGAAGCAGAAGGAGGAGGAGCAAGCCAGGGAAGCCGCACAGUUGGAGACUGCAGAAGGGAGGCCGAGACCACUGGCUACUGCUGAAGAGCAGGUGGCUGAACAAGACAUGGAGCUGGCAGAAGAUAGUGAGCAUCUGACCUUGGAAUCCGAGGAAUGGCCACAAAGGGACAAGUCCUCAGCCAGCACCUCCCCAGCUAAUAAGGAGACACCCAGCCCAGAGAACGAAUCUCCAUCCCACAAAAUUUUACAAACUGAAAGUCAGGAGAAAGUGCCCAGUAGCCGGGAGAAACGCGAAUCCCGUCGGCAGCGCGGGCUAGAACAUGUGGAACUCCAAAAUAAACACAUCCAUUCCUUUAAGGAAGAGAGUACCCUUAGAGAACCUUCUGGAAGGGCCAUCCUGGAGCCAGGGGAGAACGUCCUCCAGGACAAAAAAGGGCACAGAGAUAAGACUGCUUCAGAGGCACAGAUGGAGACCAUAAGCAUGCCUCCUAAAAAGCAGCCCAUGACCACCAAGGACUCUGGAGACAGCAAGAAGGUGCCCCCAGGUGGGGACCCCAGGCCUAGCCAUAUGCAACGGCCCACCAGUCUGGCCCUGGAUAGCAGAGUUGAACCAGGGGUACCCAAUAGCACCCCUAAGACUUUACAGGGCAAGGCAGGGGUCAGCCCCAGGGCUCAGGACUUGCCUGAGAGUCCCAGUGGUUCUGCCCAGAUUCAGCGGUACCAGCACCCGGACUCAGAACGGCUGGCGGCUGCUGUGGAGUUGUGGCGGGGCAAGAAGUUGAUGGCCAUUGGUGGCCCCAGCACCAUGCUGAGCCAGUCCCUGGACCUCAGUGAGAAGAACCAGGCUACUGAGACAGCACUCACACCCACAGAGGAGCGGCGCAUCUCCUCCUCUGCAAGCGAUGUCUCCAAGCUGUCACCAGCCAAGGCUCAGUCUUCAACUGAAACUGAUGGGGACUCAAACAUCAAGAAGCCAGCAGCCCACAAAAAGAAAUCUGGUGAUAUGUCCUCUGGCCCAGACACUGGGCUGUCCCCAGGCUCCCAAGGUGAUUCAAAAUCCACAUUUAAGAGACUUUUCCUUCAUAAAAUGAAGGAUAAAAAAUAUAGCUUGGAGGGUGUGGAGGAGAUGGAGAGCGGUGUUAUGGGGCAGAUGGUGCUGGAACCUACCACCACAAAGAAGAGUCUAGAAGUGCCCUCUACCCACCAGCAUCGCCAUGCAGUGGGUGAGAAGCUCACCAAAGGGAAGAAAAACCGAAAUCUCAAGAUUGGCAAAAUCACAGUGUCAGAGAAGUGGCGGGAAUCUGUGUUCCGGAAGAUCACCAAUGCUAAUGAGCUCAAAUACCUGGAUGAAUUCCUACUCAACAAGAUAAAUGACCUGCGUUCCCAAAAGACACCCAUCGAGAGCUUGUUUAUUGAAGCCACUGAGAGGUUCCGGAGCAACAUCAAGACCAUGUACUCUGUCCCAAAUGGCAAGAUUCAUGUGGGCUACAAGGACCUAAUGGAGAACUACCAGAUUGUUGUCAACAACCUGGCCACUGAGCGUGGGGAGAAGGAUACCAAUCUAGUCCUCAACGUCUUCCAGUCUCUGCUGGAUGAGUUCACUCGAAGCUACACCAAGAAUGACUUUGAGCCUGUGAAGCAGAGCAAAGCUCAGAAGAAGAAACGGAAGCAGGAACGUGCUGUCCAAGAGCACAAUGGCCAUGUGUUUGCCAGCUACCAGGUGAGCAUCCCACAGUCAUGUGAACAGUGCCUCUCCUACAUCUGGCUCAUGGACAAGGCCUUGCUAUGCAGUGUGUGCAAGAUGACCUGCCACAAGAAGUGCGUACACAAGAUUCAGAGCUACUGCUCCUACACAGGUGGGAGGAAGAGUGAGCCAGGGGCCGAGCCAGGCCACUUUGGCAUGUGCGUGGACAGCCUGACAAGUGACAAGGUGUCUGUGCCCAUUGUGCUGGAGAAGCUUCUUGAACAUGUAGAGAUGCAUGGCCUGUACACGGAGGGCCUCUACCGCAAAUCAGGCGCAGCCAACCGGACACGGGAGCUGCGCCAGGCACUGCAGACAGACCCUGCAGCAGUCAAGCUGGAAGACUUCCCCAUCCACGCCAUCACUGGUGUCCUGAAACAGUGGCUUCGUGAGCUUCCAGAGCCACUUAUGACAUUCGCCCAGUAUGGAGAUUUCCUCCGCGCUGUGGAGCUGCCAGAGAAGCAAGAACAACUGGCUGCCAUCUAUGCUGUACUAGACCACCUGCCUGAGGCCAACCACACCUCCCUGGAGCGGCUAGUCUUCCACCUUGUAAAGGUGGCCCUGCUAGAGGAUGUGAACCGCAUGUCACCCGGGGCACUGGCCAUCAUCUUUGCACCCUGCCUUCUGCGCUGCCCUGAUAACUCAGACCCACUAACCAGCAUGAAGGAUGUCCUGAAGAUCACCACAUGCGUGGAACUUUUGAUCAAAGAGCAGAUGAGGAAGUACAAGGUGAAGAUGGAGGAGAUUAACCAGCUGGAGGCAGCAGAGAGUAUAGCCUUCCGCAGGCUGUCGCUUCUUCGGCAGAACUCUCCUUGGCCUCUCAAACUGGGGUUUUCGUCUCCUUAUGAGGGGUUCCUGACCAAGAGCCCCAAGACACACGUCAGCCGAGAGAGCAGCCUGGAUGAGCUGGAAGUGCUACCGGAAGAGGAGGCAGCUGGUGGUGAUGAGGACCGAGAGAAAGAGAUCCUCAUGGAGCGCAUCCAGUCCAUCAAAGAAGAAAAGGAGGACAUCACGUACCGGCUACCUGAGCUGGACCCGCGAGGCUCUGAUGAGGAGAACCUAGACUCGGAGACGUCCGCCAGCACCGAGAGUUUGCUGGAGGAGAGGACCACUCGGGGGGCCUCAAAAGGGCCCCCUGUGCCUGCUCUCCCCUGCCCCAGCGUACCCGCCCCGAACCCCCUCCCCAUGGCUGCGGGCCCUCCACGACGAAGGCCAUCAUCCUUCGUCACGGUCAGAGUGAAGAUGCCACAGCGGACACCCAUCAUGCCCACAACCAACAUCAAACUCCCACCAGGCCUGCCCUCCCACUUGCCCAGCUGGACACCAGUGCUCUGUGAGGCCACCGUCCCUGUGAGACGCCGAGAACCCCCUGCCCGUCGCCCUGACCAGGUGCACUCGGUGUACACUGUGCCUGGGGCAGAUGUGCCCCCCCAGGGCACCCUGGAGUCCCUGGAUGAUAAUGCCCAGCCCCCUGAGGCUAAGCGUAGGUACUCAGACCCUCCAACAUACUGCCUGCCUCCUGACUCAGACCAGGCUAAUGGCUGAAGACCAUCAUGGGCACAUUGUUUGUGUAUGAGGACAGCCCAUCCACUGUGGACCUGGGCACCUGUCUGCAAGCUGGGGAGCUAGCAUUCAGCCCUCUGAGAAGGAUCCAGAAUGAAAAGCUCCAUGAGGGGUGUGAGGUGGAUUCUGGUUCCACAUUGGGAAGGCAGGGGGUAGCCACAAGAGCCCUGAAUCUCAGCAGCAACCACACAGCCUCACCAUCCCCUUUUGUAUGUCUUUUUUUUUUUUUCCAGUAACUUUUCUCUUUAUGUGGUUUAUAUAAUUUUUAAGUUGUAACUGCCUUAAUGGAAGACCAAAUGUUUUUUAUAUGUGUAUGUUCCAACUUUUAUAUUAACGCUGUGCGUCUCCAGUGUAACAUGGACUUGAGGGCUCAAAGCACAGACCACCAUUGGUCUCUGAGGUCUCUGAUCAGCUAGUGGUCACUGGUCUGGACUCUGUGACAGUUUUCCAGUAAUCACUGGAAUCUUCCAUGAGGUCAAGGCUCUUGGCUAGAGCUAGGACAUAGAGUUGGGGGAACUUCACCCCAAGGUGGCACCAACCUUGCAUUCCAGGGAGGCUUGAAUGUAGCCAUCACAGCUAUGUCCACCAUGCCUUGGACAUUGCCAGCAACUGGGAACCUGCUCUUGGCACUAUCUGCCUUAAGACCCAGCAGGAGCCUGAGACUCAGGACCUUAAGAGACAGGCCAAGCAUGGCCUGAAGCUCCAUCUCCCAGCAGAUCCAGUACUUCUGAAUUGGGCUCUUCUCUCUGGUUCUGUGCACUCUUGAGCACAUGGCCACAGGCUUGGGCAAAGAACACCCUGCAGGUGUGAAAUAAAGAGAGUGCCUGAGGA